UCUAAGUCUCGAGUUAGUCACAAAACCACGUGGAUCCCAAUGACUUGAAUGCACGAGGACCCACAAUCUCUGCCACACCUAAUGCAGUAGCAGCCGAAUACAGCAGCUCCUUCAUUUAUCAAAACAAGCAAAGCACGCCAGCCUCACUGUGUUGUUUUCAUCGAGUGUAACAUAGUAAUAACAAGAAUUACGGUGCGUGUUCGUGUGUGCGUUAGGGAAAUCUUUUUUUUUCGUCGUUACAAACAAGUAUUUUUAACACAAAGGAUGAGGAUCGCCAUCGAGGGUUGUGCUCACGGCGAGCUCGACAAGAUUUACGACACGGUGCUCGAUUGCGAGAGACGCGAGUGUAAGAAAAUCGAUUUGCUCAUCUGCUGCGGCGAUUUUCAAUCCGUCAGAAAUGACCAGGAUCUCAAGUGCAUGGCUGUGCCGGACAAAUUUAAGAAUAAGGGCUCGUUCUACAAGUACUACUCCGGUGAGAGAUUAGCUCCAGUUUUGACCAUUUUCAUCGGUGGCAAUCAUGAAGCAUCAAAUUAUCUUCAAGAAUUGGCCUACGGUGGAUGGGUAGCUCCCAAUAUUUAUUACUUGGGAUAUGCCUCGGUCAUUAAUAUAGCUGGUAUACGUAUUGGCGGUAUAUCAGGUAUUUAUAAGAGCCACGAUUUUAUGAAAGGACAUCAUGAAUAUCCUCCGUACAACGAUGGUUCAGUGAGGAGUGUGUAUCACACCAGAAACUUAGAAGUUUUUCGAUUGAAACAGCUUUCAGGAAAACUUGACAUCUUUAUUUCUCACGACUGGCCUUCGGGUAUAGCAGAGUACGGCAAUUUGAAUGCAUUGUUGAGGAUAAAGCCAUUUUUCCAAAGAGAUAUUGAAACCAAUAAACUUGGUAGUCCACCAUUGAUGGAAAUAUUGAGAAAGCAUCAUCCAACAUAUUGGUUUGCAGCUCAUUUGCAUUGUAGAUUUGAUGCAACAGUUAAGAAUCAAGAUAAAACUAAGACCACAACAUUUUUAGCAUUAGACAAAUGUUUACCUCGCAGAAAGUACUUUGAAUUUAUCGAUAUAAAGCAUGAUACAAGUUUGCCAAUUAAUAUAUCAUAUGAUAAAGAAUGGCUUACUAUAUUAUACUUGACAAAUCACUUAUUAAGUAUAAAAAAUGGCAUGUGCUAUAUGCCAGGGGUAUCACAAACAGAAAGAUAUAAUUUCACCCCCACGCAAGAAGAAAAGCAGUUGAUUCUUAAAAAAUUCAAUUCUGACUUGACUGUGCCAAUGAAUUUUCAACAGAGUGUAAGUGCAUUCAGCACUAAUGAACCUCUAAAUCGAUUUGCAUUCAAACCUAAUUUAGCCAUUAAUAAUCAAACUACUGAAUUUUGUGAAAAACUUGAUAUUCAUGAUCCUUUUGAACUCAUAAAAAAAACGCCAGAUUUUGUUCAAACACAAUCUAAGCAAGGUCAUAUCAAUCAAAAUAAAUCUUGUCAAACCAAGGUUAAUAAUUGUACAAGACACAUAGAUUCACCACCAGCUUCAAUUCAAAGGACUCCAUUAGUUAUGCCCCCUGCCAAAAACAGAACAGAACAAUUUUCAAAUGAGGUUGCAGGUUCAAACAAAAAAGAUGUCGAAUGUCUUCAUACAAGUGCUAAAAUCAUAGAUAAAAGUAAUCUUGGUUUUUUCAUUGAUACGUUGCCAACUCCAUUUUCAAAAACUCCAUUACUUUUACCACCUGUAAAAAAUCAAGGCACUUCUUCUCCAAGUGAUGCAUUUACCAAAAUUUCUUUGGCAGAAUCAAAUAAAAAAGACACUCAACAUUCAGAUAUAACUAAUCGAAUUGUAGAUACCAGUAAUCUUGGUUUUGUUAUAGAUACAGCACCAACUCCUAUUAAACGAACUCCGUUAGUUUUACCACCUGCCAAAAAAUACUCCGACAUUUAUCAAAAUAAUUCAUUUACAGAAGAUUCUUCUGCUGAAUCGAAUAAGAUAGAUAUUGUUAAUAUCCAUUCAUCUGAAGGAGUCGAAGACAAUAGUAAUUUUGGCUUCUUUAUAGAUACUUCGCCAACUCCAAUAUCAAAUAAUUCAUCGGAGUUAACACCUAACAAAAAAAAUGCAACUGUUUCUUCUCCAAGUAAUUCACUUUCACAUUCCUCUGAAAAUUCAGAAAAAAGAACCAGAGGAGUUUUAACAAAUGAAAAAUAUCAUUUGACAAAUACCAGGGAUGUUCAAAUUAAACGAUUUAAAAGAAGAAAUGAGGCUUCAUAUAGAACAGAUGAGUCUGAUUUGAGCAUGUAAAAUAACUUACCAAAUUUUUAUAAUUAAUCUUAAUUUGUCUAAGUUGUCACCAGAGUACAAAUAAUUGCAAUUUUUGAAUAUUAUUUUUUCAACUAAUUGAUUCAUCAUGAAUA